UAGUCUCACCUCAUCUACAAGCAAUAUGAACUCACUAGCACUGUUCUGGAUUUCCAUACUAAUGUUCAUUUCCUCUCCGUGUGUGGUUCAUCCUCAGCCUGGUAUAACUCAACCAAUCAAGCUCAAUCUCCCACAAAAUGCUUCGGGCCCUGAAGACUUUGAAUGUGAUCCAAUAGACAAAGGAUGUUAUACAGGCGUUAAUGAUGGCAGAAUUUUUAAAUUUUUUAAUAAUGGAACUUUUCUUGAUUUUGCUACGACAUCGCCUCUCAGAACUAAGGAAAAAUGUGAUGGGAUCAGCAUUACAAAUAUAAAAGCCGAAUGUGGAAGGCCAUUAGGUCUUUACUUUGAUCGUCGUGGUGAAGAGCUCUAUAUAACUGACGCCUUUUAUGGCCUUUUAAAGGUCGGAAGAAAUGGCGGGCUUGCAACUCAGCUAGCAGCCGGCGUAGAUGGCCAAAAUUUCAGCUUUGCAGAUGCUGUGGUCGUGGAUGAACAAUAUGGGGACGCAUAUUUCGUAGAUUCCGGCGUCAUAUUCGGACUAAUAUUCCGAACACUAGACCUUACAGGACUUUUGCAGAGCGGAGACAUCUCUGGGAGACUGCUAAAGUACGAGGCGGCCACAGGACAAGUGACGGUGUUGCUAAAUGGGUUGUCGGGGCCAGCAGGGAUAGCGAUGGGUAGAGACGAUAGAUAUGGAAGUUUCCUCAUGAUCUCGGAGUUUAUUGGACGCAAGGUUAUCAAGUAUUACAUCACAGGUCCAAAGGCUAAUACAACUGAGACAGUGCUGAAAAACCUUCCAGGAUUUCCAGAUAACAUAAAGAAGGGAGCAACAAAGGGUUUCUGGGUUGCUGUGAGCAUUCUACAACCUCUGCGACCACAGCUGCCUCCUCCUCAGACCGACUCCAUUGCAAUGCAUUUCGACAUGAACGGCACGAUUCUGAAUAAGAGGGAUCUCACUAAUGGUUUUCCCAACACACUCAGUGUCUACUAUGAAAGCGGGAUAGAUUAUAAAGCUUAUGCCGAGCGGCGACAGGUCGGGGAGACUGCUAAAGUACGAGGCGGGCAAGGGACAAGUAACUGUGUUGCUAAACGGGCUGUCGGGGCCAGUAGGGAUAGCUACGGACAAUCGGACAUACACCAGACAUUCAUUAUGAUCUCUGAGUUCAUCGGACGCAGGAUUAUCAAGUAUUUCAUUAGAGGUCCAAAGGCUAAUACAACCGAGACAGUGCUGGAAAACCUCGAAGGACAACUCGACAACGUUAAGAGGGGGACAUUAGGGGGUUUCUGGGUGGCUUUGAACAUCCCUAAACCUCAGCAGCAGCCUGUUCCUAUAACGGACUCCAUUGUAGUGAACUUCGACAUGAACGGCAAUAUUCUCAACACGAGGAAUGUCACUGAUACUUUUCCCAAUUCAUUCAGCGGGUACCAAGAACACUUUGAUAAAGCUUAUGUCGGAUCAUUACUGUCGGAUUUUGUUGGUGUUUAUACCGCAAUAUGA